AUGUACCCACCACACUUGUUAAGCGACAGGAAAUCCUAUGCCAUAAACAAUGACAAGGCACCAAGAACGAGACGUUCUGCACGAUCAAAAACUGGCCCUAUCAAUUACUACAAGAAACUCAAUCUGUUUAAUUAUGAGUCUGAAGAGGAAUGUUCCGGUGAUGAGGAUGUCGAUGUAUUGGCCAAUUCAGACCAGCCACAACAGCGUCACGGCCGUUCCCGUUCAUGUGAUCUCUCAAUGCCUCCUUGCUACCGAGAUAGCCAGCUCGUCGGUCAUACGCAAUACUCAGUUAUAUACUCUUCAUCUAGAGUACAAAUACUCAAGGCACCCUUGAAAACGUUAGAUGACUUUAGAAGUGUCGGGCAUGCACGUUAUCGCCCAGAACGUAACCCGGCCAACUAUGCUAAGGGACUAAGAGGAGAGGACUUGGCGUUAGACAACAUCCUCCAUUUUGAUUUUGAUCCGAAGGAAAUGACCGCAGUGCUAAACUUGCUGUCAUUUAGUGGAUGUCAUUGGCGUUUUGCUCCAGACACUGCUCUUACCGAUCAACUUAUACAAGUCGCAUCCACCUAUAAUAUGCACCCUAAGUCCUUCAAGAAGAUGUCGUCUAUUUUGAAAUUGUCUAGGUUACUCUCGACCGAAGAAGCGAGCGAUAGUAAUGCUUUGCUCUUAGAAAUAUUGACAUCAACUCCAUGCACAAAGGAGCUACGACGUGCUAGGCGACUCACAAUGCGACUCCUGGGGUCCCAAGAGAAACGAGAGAAUGAAGGUCCUUCCACCUCAGGCGAUCAACACUGCCAUAAAGUCGAGGAAGUGCGCAGACUGUCGGGCCAUUUAUCAUUUGCAUUUGCAUUGGGGCGGCGCCAGUGCGCAGAUAUAGAAGCAUUCAUUGCUGACGCCCAGAGAGGCCAUCUCCCAACCGUCCCAUCUGUCAUCAAGGCUGUUAAAUUGGAGGAUGGCAGCUCGGCAACGCGCAAGAAUGCUCAAGCGUCUGGCAAUCUAAACAAGCUCUUGCAGGAUCGUGAGCUAGGUUGCGCUGUGAGCCGGCAGGUCAGUUCUCGUUUUUUGAGUAACCUCGGGGUUUCGAGGACUUGGAAAGGAGCCUCAAAUGAUAUUAUAGUACUAGCGUGGUCUCCUGAUGGAACUAGGUUUGCAGCAGGUGCUACAGCUCAAUGUGAUGAACAUAACAUGGAAUACAACCGAGGGAAUAAUCUGAUUCUCGGUGAUUUGACCACUGAUAGUCUGGAGGAAUUGCCAGACCAUUGGAGCCCUCGUCCGCCGGGGUUUUCAAGGGGAACUAUGAAUGAUCAUCGUCUGUUUAUGAGUGUAACAGCGUGCCAAUGGUUCGAUGAUACACUCUAUACUGCUAGUUAUGACAAGACUGUCAAACUUUGGAGAUUCCCUAAUCACAGGGCAUCAUGCUACAAGACGCUUGAGCACGACUCCAAAGUCCAAGUUAUGGCUCCAUCCAACUUCUCAAAGAAUGUGGUAGCGACAGGGACCCAGUCUGUCGGUUUCUGGCAACUAGAUGAAUCAACGUACAAUGUCCUGGACUUGCCUCGACAGCGCUCUAAAAGAGAAAUUGACCUUAUACCAACGUCUCUGGCUUGGGGUACCAUCCCAAUAACGAGGGAGUUACUAAUUGCUGGAAUGUCUGAAAAGGGCGAUGGUGUGACCCAUAAUGGUCUUCUUGCAGCUUGGCAUAUAGCCGAAGCAUCAUCCACUCCAAUACAAUUAAGCCCAAAUUCACAAAAUAUCUUUGAUGUAAAGUGGCACCCUUCUCUUCCAUUAUUUGCUACAGCAAGCUCCGCAAGAGGAGGUGGUACAACUCUCUUGAGUUCCAAAAACACCAGGUCUGUGGUCCGUCUAUAUUCGCCACUCAUCUCCAAAAUGUGCACCAUGGAACUUGAGUGCCCUGCUUUGGACAUAAACGACGUGACUUUCUGCCCAGGCAAUUCAAACUAUGUGACUGCCAGCUGCACUGACGGGAUCACCUACGUGUGGGACACGCGAAACCCGGACACUGUACUGCACAAGCUUCAGCAUGCCGAGCCGCUCAAUCAGAUAGAUGAAACCAUUCCUAGAGAACAAGCAGAUGUUGGGGUAAGGUUGGCAUUGUGGGGGAACUCGGUAACCCAAUUCUAUACUGGGGCAUCAGAUGGUAUCUUGAAAACCUGGGAUGUAUUGAGGUCUCCUGAUGAUGCUCUAAUUCAAGAUGUUGCUUCUUUUGGAGAGGAGAUCAUGUCUGGGGCUUUCUCGCCGGAUAGAUCCAAUCUGUUGAUUGGCGAUGCAGCCGGGGGUCUUCAUCUCUUAUCUCCCAACACUUAUGCCGAUGAGACCUUGUCUUUUAAAUUUAAGCGCGCUUCCCAAGUGCCAUUUAAAGGGCAAGACCCCGACUCUGAGUCCGGCAUCAUGGCUGCCCGUAAGGCCAUCCUAAAUGGUCAUCUUUUGCGCCAUCCUAUUUAUGGUGUGGGCCAAGGUCCUCAUUACAAUGGGCCUUACGCGGCAUGGGCCCGUCCAGAUAAUACCCCUGUGCAUCAACUCGGACAGACAAAGUUGAAGGAGGAAUGGCAGUUAAGGCAGCUGGACGGUAUUCCUCCUGUUCUCCGAUCUGGUUUAAAUGAUCAACUGCGGAGAGAAAUUGAAUGCCAGAGACAGCUCGCUCAGAUUCGCAACGGGCAGCAUGUGAAUAAAAGGAAGCGACUGGAACCUGGCUAUUAUGCGAAAAGUAGGGACGUUCUUGUCGAUUUAUGCAGUGAAGAUGGUUUCUGGGCAGCGCCGGUCAAGCCCAAGCGACUAGCUGCAGAAUCGAAAUAUGUCAUCACUGAAAAUGCAAACGUCGAAGUCAUAGAUCUUACCGGUGAUAGUGAUACGGAGUGUGCGACACCGCCAAAGGGAAACUUGGCCUUUCCCACUACUCAGGGUACAGAGAGCUACUCUGGACUUGGGCAUCCACUGGAGGGAUUUGAGGGAAUCUUGGAGGACGACCACUGGUGGCCAUCUAGUGACCAAAUAGACCCCAACUUCAAUGAUGCUGAUGUGUAG